UGCCCAUGCUUGCGCUCAGAUGGCCGUCGACCGUCGUCGUAAGCGGAAGUGAACCAACUCAUUUGGUGCUGGAUUUAAAGUGUUGGUUCUUGCGGUGUAGUUGCAUCGUGUGUUCAAGUGUUUAUUCAAGGGGCCAGGGAUAAGGCUCAAUCACUUUACUGUGCGCAACUCUGGGCGGUACGGAGACACAGUUGUGAACGGCAGGCGUGAAGCGACACACCACAACCAACCCACCCCAAGAUGAGCAGCUCGGGCGGAAGUCCCUCGAAGAAGGGCACCACCAGCGUGGACAUGCAAAUAUUCGCCACCAAUGGGAACACGAUCGUCGACGAGAGCUACGACCCGCAUCUGCACCGGAACCGGCCGCACCCGACGACCAACUUUGAAACGUUGGUCCACCUGCUGAAGGGAUCGCUUGGCACGGGCAUUCUCGCGAUGCCGCAAGCCUUCUACAAUGCGGGAUACAUCUCCGGCGUGGUGAACACGAUCCUGAUCGGCAUCCUCUGCACGUACUGCCUGCACGUGCUCGUCCAGGCGCAGUACGCCCUGUGCAAGCGGCAUCGCGUGCCGAUCCUCACCUACCCGAUCUCGAUGAAGAUUGCGCUCGAGGAGGGUCCGGAAUGUUUGCGCCGGUUCGCCCCGUACGCUGUCGUCAUCGUGGAUGGUUUCAUGAUCGUCUAUCAGCUCGGUAUUUGCUGCGUGUACAUAGUGUUUGUGGCGACCAACAUUAAGCAGCUGGUGGACUACUACUGGCUCGAGCUGGAUGUGAAAAUUCACUGUCUGAUCCUGCUAGUGCCGCUGAUCGGGAUCAACAUGAUCCGGAACCUGAAGGUGUUGGCGCCGUUCUCCACGCUGGCUAACUUGAUUACAUUCGUCGGCAUUGGAUUGAUACUGGCCUACAUUCUGGACGAUGUUCCACCGAUCUCCGAACGUCAGCCUGUGGCUGAGUUGGGCAAAUUUCCCCUCUUCUUCGGCACAACGCUGUUCGCGCUGGAAGCAGUCGGAGUGAUCAUAGCGCUGGAAAAUAAUAUGGCCACCCCGAAAUCAUUCGGCGGCUCGUGCGGUGUACUUAACGUGGGCAUGAUUGUGAUUGUCUUCCUGUACGCCGGCAUGGGCUUCCUAGGCUAUCUGAAGUACGGCGCUGAAUCGGCCGGCAGCAUCACGCUCAAUCUGCCCCAGGAGGAAAUCAUGUCCCAAUCGAUCAGAGUUCUGUUCGCCAUAGCCAUCUUCAUUUCGUACGGCUUGCAAUGCUACGUGCCGGUGGACAUCAUCUGGAACGUGUAUCUGGUGGAGAAGUACCGCGACUCCAACAACAAGCUGGUGUACGAGAUGUUGGUGCGAAUUGUUGUCGUCAUUACCACUUUUCUGCUGGCCGUUGCCAUUCCUCGCCUGGGUCUGUUCAUCUCGCUGUUCGGUGCAUUCUGUCUGUCCGCGCUGGGCAUUGCCUUUCCCGCGAUCAUGGAAAUCUGUGUGCUGUGGCCGGAUAAGCUGGGCCCGGGCAAGAUUACACUCUGGAAGGACAUCAUUCUGAUCGUGUUCGGCAUUGUCGGGCUGGUAGCUGGCACGUACACGAGCGUGCGCGAUAUUAUUCUUAGCUUCAUGUAAAGCAGCCCGGACCGAGCCGGUAGCUUCUUGCGCAGGCUGCCAGCGUGGCCGCAAGAUAGCACAGUACAGGACGACCAAGUAGCUGCAGAUCGACUACGCAGAAGAAGAAAAAAAACAAGGGCAACAAACCAAACAGAUACUACUUACAGCUAUCUUUCCUAGCUAAAAGACGCGGUUGUGCACUAAAGCUUCCUUAGGGUGAGGGCAUUUGUUCCGACCGUUCCUUGCUGCACACCGGGCCUGAGCCGGUGCUGAGUGAUUCGUCGUACACUGGGUAGUGAAGAUUUGUAACAUAUCAUUUGUAGCAUCGAACCCAGUAGAAACUAUUCAUUCGUGUCUGGUUAGCUAGUAUUGAUUUCAAGCCAAGCAGCCCACAGUACGCAAGCUUGCUCAGGUGUGUAAGGUUUUGCGUUUUCAAAAGCAGAUAGCAGAAGUUUAAGCGAGAUUGAUUUUCAACAAAAUAACCGCACAGCAACCUCAAACGGGACUAGGAAGGAAGAAGUGGAUGGCUAAGCCUAGUUUAGAGCAGAGUUAUAAAUUUGCAUAUCAAAGCCAGCGCGUGGUGUAAGCGUUCUCACGCAUUCUUUUUGUAGAAAACGGUGAUAGCGAUAGCUUUGUACAAUCACUCAACGCACCACCACCACUACGAUUACGCAGGAAAUUGGCGGCUGAGUGGGCCAGCAACGAACUUACUAUGUAUGUUUAUGCUUUACGCGGGGACGCGGCAGCGCUUCCCGCUUCAGAAUAAGCAGCAGCGCGACAAGCAAAGCGAGAAUAAAGCAAACGAGGGGCGAAA